AUUGCCAAAGUACUAGCCCUAGUCAGUCUAUCUAACUAUGAACAGCUUCUGUAAGCGUCUAGUGCAUUAUGCAUAAAGAAGAUAUUUUCAGGGUGAAUGUUUGAAAGUGUUAACACCCCAUACGCAUAAGAUAAUCUGUGGCAUUUUGGCUAGUGACGAUUCUUUUAUAGUUACCGGGUCGUCUGAUUCUUCAGCGAAGGUUAUUGAUAUUGAAAGUGGCGAAGUUCUCAUGUCCUUCACAGAACAUACUGGAAGCGUUGUGUCGCUACAACUUACUAUGAAUAAUGAAUUUCUCAUAUCAGGUUCUGGUGAUUUUAUCGUACAAAUGUGGUCUCUAAAAACGGGUCAAUGCAUUUCUAGAAUGGGUGGUUUAAUGGCACCUGUUAGUUGUAUAACAAUUACAUCAAAUGAUGCUUUUGUUGCUGUAGCUUGCGAGGAUGAAACUUUGCGUAUAUUUUCUACCGUAAGUGGACAAGAACUGCACGAAUUAAUGGGUCAUGAAGGACGGGUUAAUGCAUUGGUUUGUGCUCAAGAUGACUGUCAAUUGUUUGCCGCUACUAAAUCGAAAAUUUACUGUUAUGAUAUUCAUAAUGGAGUAAUCGUGGACACUUUAGAUUGUCAACUACCGUAUCUCGUUUAUAGCAUAAAGAUCUCCUCCGAUAACUACUUCCUUUUCUCCGGUUGCGGACCUCGAGUCGAUGUAUGGAAUAUCCAAAAACGAAUUCAUGAUGCGCCUGAAAAUACCGAAAAUAUGGGAUUUGUCACCGCAAUU